AGCGUAUUCUAAAGAAUUAAGAAAAACAAAGAAGGUAGGAGAAAGGAGCCACAUGACAUUUCAUUUUCAAACGCGGGGCACUAAAAGCCAUAUGGUCGACGUUUUUCGCUGCUGAUAGGUACUGAUUAGAUUGCACAAAAUCAUGGCAGCAGCGGACAAAGCUCACGACUGUGGCAAAGCACCGACCGGAGCGACGCAGGACGAGGAAUGUUUCCUGCGGUCACUGCCCGAUGGCCUGAGGGAAGAGGGCGCUGUACUCUGCACGCGGGACAACUUUGCUGCGCUGAAAGAGUGCGACACUUAUGACGAACUGCUGGCAAAGGCAGAGUCCAAGCUGCCGAAGUUUGACCUAGAGGCAUUCCGCACCACGGUUCUUUACGGCGACCAUCUAAUUAAAUUUGAAGAUGCGGCUGACGAGGACCCCGAGGAGGACGAAGAAGCAGAAGAGGAGGACCCCAACGUCGACUGCGGUGACGGUGACGCCGAUGAGGAGAAUAGCGCGGAGGCGAUUGUGGUGGGGCCGCAGCUGCCACAGGUCGAAGCUGCAGAAACUGCUGGUAAACAAGAGGACCAACAUGGAAGUAGAAAAGGCGGUGGAGAAGAGAAGGCCGAUGCUGGCUCUGAAGUGACGACACGCCACGAAGAUGUUUCGGAAGUUGUAGAUACUGCAGCAAAACGAAGAAAAGUAGACAGACCUGUGUCUGCUCCUCCUGCUGAGAAAGGCAAGCCAGCCACAGCUGCGGCGCUUGAGACAGGCAGUGCUGUUGAAGAUGUGGAAAUGCAGGACGCUAGCGGUACGGAACAAGCAGUAGGGGCACAUCAGGAUCAGCGCCGUGGUUGUUCCGAGGAUAAAGUGAAAAAUACAGAACCGGAGGCGAAGUUUUAUCGGCUCUGUCCGGAUCAGUUCGUGGUGGACACGCAAAUUGCGACGGCGGAAAAGUACCUGGAUGUGUAUGAAGAAAAACGGUCCGCAUCCAGCAAGUUUGUGGAACAAAAGAGUGUGGGACUGGCUGAGACACCGGGCGUAUCGGAAUUCGCGGAGUUCUCGCGUGCGCAGACGCGCGCCUUCGCCAAAUUCGAGGAGGUCGAGAAGCUGUCCUUCGUCGGCGAAAAGCAUGGUCACUACAGUGAGAAAGACCGUCAUCCUGUUUACAAGCAAAUGAAAGCUGCUGAAUUAUUCGUGCAGAGCAGGGGAAGAGCGAUGCGCGACGAUGCGGUCCGGUGUUUCCGAAAGCACAUCGAGCUGCUGUUUUCGUCGAGCGACGCAGCCUUUCCGGACCUGUCUCUGGAGGUUCGAUCCAUCGGAGGUGACCUCCUGUGCGAUAGGAAGCGGGUCCUGCCAGUGGAGAGUCGCGGGGAUGCGCGUGACCGGUCAUGUUUGCAUCUGAUCAACGACAUAAAGUACCGCCGGGCACCAGGAGACGACGGCGCGUCCGCACAAGCGAAACUGACAGACCUCACAGAGUACAACGACGUGAAAAUGUUUUCCUCGGAAUUGCAGCGAACGAAAACGGUCACGGUGGAUGCGUUGCUGUUUCAUUUUAUGCGCCAAGCGCUCGAAGAAAAGCUUCUUGCGGUGUUCAAAUACCUACGCUGUGGAGACGACUACCGGGAGGGUGCUCUUUUUUCAACCAUUUCGAGUAACGCGACCAUGCCGCAGGACAACCGGCGCAUUACGAAAUUUUCCAACUACCACCCGAUUCCUGCUUACGGGCCAAACAACGUGAAGCCGGUGCGUGCAGUUUCCGAGGACGGCAUGCUGGGAGCGGCUAGCACUAAUUGUACGCCGCUCAGCAUUGAAGAAUAUUGGGACAUUCCCCUCGGUACAAUCAAAACUUUCAAAAGCUACAUUACAGCACGGGUUUCCGUCAUCACAAAUCGGGUCAUCACCAAACAUUACGAGAUCCUCGACGCUAGAGAGAAGGACCGCCUUCGCGAUCUCGGGGGCUCGGGCGUUGCGCACGUGGUAGAGUCGCUGCGAGGUGAAAGAGUUUUUGAUCUAAGAAGCGACCGCAAGGCUGCUCUGGUAAAAGACGUAAUGCAGCGCGGCGGCGGCUUCAUCGUCUCUAGUCUCCUUACUUCUUCGCUGCUGCGCGUCUGGCUGCUGGAUGAUGCGAUUGUGCGCUCUCUGGUGGGGUAUUUGAAGUUGGAUCCGGUGGUGUUGCCGCAAAAAGGGGAACACGAAGAUGACAGUAGGGAACAAGGGGCGCCGUCGCUGCUUGGUGUUGACACCGAUAGAAGUACCGGGGAGAAAACUAGUGUAGGAGGUGUUGCUGAGCAGGGUGCAGCUGUAUCGCGGAGAGACACCAGCGCAGCUUCUUCAUCAACGUUGCUUGGUGGGAGUGCUGGCCGCGUAGGCGGUACUGAUUUGUUGAGCAGACUCAAAGCCGCACUUCCUAAAAAGGACUCUGCUCUUCCAUAUGGCUGCAGCAGUGCAAAUCCCGAAGAUGCGAACAAGAAGGAAGUGAACAGUGAGAGAACUACUUCCAAGUUGGAAAAAACGAAGGACUCCACGACCAAUGUUAAAACGAUAGCGAGCAAUCCCGUCACCCUCCGCAGGGCGGACCGGACACUGAUGAGAACGGGAGAUGUGUUUGAGCUGGGGCACGUCAGAGGCUCGCUUGGUUGGCGGUGCGUGCCGAACGGUGUCGAGCGGGCGUUCUUGAUUCAGCUGACCG